AUGGUUGCUCAUACCUUGACGAUCGACGAUAGUAAAGUGUUAUUGCUCAAAGACUUUAACGCAGAAUUAAACUUAGAGGUGCUCUAUGCCUUGUUACAUGGCUUAUACACUGGAAUCGUCGCUGUCACUAUGUGGAAUAUCUAUACUAGUGGAAACAUACAUCCCAGCAAUGUCAUGGUAUGCAUAGUCAUGGUCAUUAUAUCCCUUUAUGUCUUGGCCACGAUCGAUUUCACCCUCAUCUGGUCCAUUGGACGCUCUGCAUUCACGGUCAACGGAAAGAGUCUCGGGACUGUAUUUCUGACAGUGAACGGUCCUGCCACAGCAACACUAGCGACGGGUAUAACAGCUAUUGUCUCUGUUAUCCUUGCCGACUUUACCAUGCCCGUCUUCAUCUCCGGCAUUCAAGGUCUCUCUGCUUCCAAGAUCGAGACUCUUCGCGACGACGUGUUAUUCGAGAAGAAAAAGAUCACCAUUGAGCGGCACGGAUUCUCACCCUUCCAGCGAUGGUACCGCAAGAUUGCAAGCGUGAAGAAUCGGCAAAGGACCAUUGCUUGGAAGCCUGGCAAACCUUUCGUGUCGGAGAACCUCUUUUUCCGGACCAUCGAUAUAGGUUGUCUGUUGCCUACGAGUCUCACGGAUUCUAGGGUCCAGAUGUACGCGACGAAGGGGCUGUGGGCUUAUAUGGAGCGGUAUGGGAAUACGGAACUCGAGGAUCCUAUGACGGAUUACUGGGUAGAGCUGAAUGCUGAUAAACGGACGAAGAAAGAACGCGAGAUGAAAUUCUGUCAAGUCGCCGCCACAGUACUCGGUCGUAACUCUUGCUUCUACCAAGUCAACCUCUGCACCCGUGCCCUCCUUCUCGACAAAGAGGUCGGCUAUGUCCGGCCAUUCACCAUCAUCUUAGAGACUAGGAAGGGCGGCAAGGCUCGUGCGCUCUUCAUUCGCUCCUCCCACUACCCCCACUACCCACCGUCCUCCAUCCUCAACACCCUGCCAAAAAAUGUGGAAGCGCCACUUGCAUCGACUCCAAGUGCAUCGGAAUGUGGUGUAUCGAGGACUGCCGGGGCCUCCAUUAUCCAAGCUUCAUGGCCCGAGAGCUCCAGCGCUACGAAGACGGAGUUGUGUGUAACCUUUGGGGACGCGAAGUGGUACAGAGGAGUCUGA